GGUGGCGGUAAUGCGCAAAAUAUAGUUGCCAUUGCCAACCGUCAAUUAAAGAAGAAGAACAACAACAAAACCUCCCCGAUUUUGUUAGAAGUCAGAAAUUAGUGUUUGUUUGCAAUCAACAUUUAAAGUUUAGCCAUGGAAACAGACUCGUCUCUCCUCGGUUCUGAGUUCACUCAGAGUCAGGAGGAAGAGCUGUAUCAGCAGCUGUUAUUGCAGACAAUGGGGAAAAUGCAGAACAGUGGAGCCUCAGAUUCUAAGACCAUCCGCCCUCAGUCUGGACUCUGUGCCAAAACAUUUACUCUACCAGAGCAGCAGAAAGUCUUUCUGAACAUAUGUCAGUCUCCGCAAGUGCCGCUUCCUCCUCCACUUUCCCAUGAGGAUCUUAUGGAACUGCUGGAGUCAGAUGAUCCAUCGGGUUACAGAGUUCCUAUGAGCCUGGGCGAGCCGCACACGGAGUUGGACAACAGUAAGCAGGCUUGCACUGUCUACGAUGUGGUGGUCAAUGAUGAGUUCUUUCAAAAGUGUCAGAAUGAUGAGCUGUUCCAGCAGUUCCUACUGGCUGUUUCCCUGGAGGGUUUGGAGAAUAAAUACAACAUGAGCCUGAGCAGAGAGUGGAAAGUCCUAAAGAACAGGAAAUUCCUGGGAUCAAUAACAGAGCAAAACAUUCGGACAAAAAGCAAACCAGUUAUUCAGGAGUUGGACUCAAAGCAGACAAGUUCAACUUCCGAAUCCCCGAAAAGCCCAGAUUUGUGUUUGCAAGUGGAGCCUGCUGUUGGAGACCCUCAGUACCUAAUUGCGGAGGUCCAUCUGCCUGGGGUGACUUCAGCGCGUUCCCUUGUGUUGGAUGUAGGAGAGGACAGGCUGGUGUUGACGGCUCGACCCUCACUCUUUCACCUAGACUGUUUCUUACCACACUUAAUUAACCAGGAGAGCAGUGUGGCCCAGUACAACACAAGCACACAGAUCUUAACCGUGACCAUGCCAGUGGUGGGAUGAAGAGGGCCCCGCAGAGUUCAAGAUCGUAUUUAUUUAUCUCAAUAAAGUGUUAUUUUUUUGUA